GUGUUGCAGUUCUAAAUGGUCUGCUCAUGCCCUUUGACUUGCAGAGGUUUUGAAGAUUAUAUGGCUUCAGGAGUAGAAUCAACUUACCAACAGCUAUGCAGUGAGAUCACUGCUGAAUUUAAUGAUUGUUCAAAGCAGGUCCUUGAGAUGGAGUCUCAGUUUCUAACUGCCCAUUGCUUCCGAGAAGAUCUGUCUCUACUUUUGAGAUCUGUUCAAAAUCAAGAAAAGAUGAAGCUGCAGCUGACCGCCACAAUACAAGUCUUGAAAAGAGCUGGCCGCCCCUCGGAGCGUCUGGUGAGUCAUGAAAAUUGUAGAUUUAGUAAGCCAACUGGACAUGAAUGCGUGCAUAUCCAGAAGAUAACCGAAGCUUCAGGCACUGAAGAAGCAGAAGCUGAUGCAGAAUUUGAUAAUGCUCUCAAGGAGGCUAUCAAUGGUGUUCAAGAUGCAGUGACGGCAAUAAAUGAACAUUUGGAAGAAGUUAGGUAUGAGAUUGCAGCACUUGAAGACUAAAGAUGUAGUCGGUUGACUUUGCCUUUUAAGUUGUUAAAGGCACAAUGCUAUGAAAAGUCACCCCGUAAUUCCAUGGCAAUCAAGACGUUGUUCAUCAUAACGGUUCCAUUCGUAUAGGCGGCAAACAUUUUAUUCUUGAUGGUGGCACAGGGAGGUGAUAUAUGUAUAGCAUUGAGAAGUCUAUUUGAGCUCUUAAAUUAAGCUUUCAAAAUUUGGUGCUCAAUUUUAUCAUAAGGAACCUAGGCAUUGUUAAGCUAAUUUGUCUUGAGCUUUUAUGUCACUGUAUAGUAAGAGAUAAAUAUGUCAAGUUCCAUGCCAUUGAUGAAAGAAGAGAAAA